CUGGUGAGCAGGCAAGUUCCCUGUCUGGAGCGGCUCUGACACUCCGCUUGGCACUUGCACCGGGACCUGCGGCUGGCAAUGUCCAUCUUGGGGAAGGACGGGUUCCUGUGCGCUGCUGCGCUGGGAGUGACUUUCACCGCUGGGCUCUGGCUGGGGAGAAAGUGGUUUUCACACCAUUAUUCAAUUAGCAAUAUCUUUAAGAGCCACGGUGGCGCAAAAAGAGAUCCUUUAAUGGAUUACGUGUUACAGAAUUCUCUCCGAGAGCAUCCAGCCCUGAAGAAGUUGAGGAAGCGGACUCUCCAAGAUGAAAGGUAUUUGAUGAUGGUGGCUUGUGAACAGGCUCAACUGAUGGCCAACCUGGCGAAGCUUAUUAAAGCAAAGAAUGUGAUUGAAAUAGGUGUCUACACUGGAUAUAACACCUUGAACAUGGCUCUUGCAAUACCAGAUGAUGGAAAAAUCAUUGCCUGUGAUAUCAAUUUGGAGUUUGCCAAGAUUGGAAUGCCAUUUUGGAAGGAGGCUGGAGUGGAGCAUAAAAUUGACCUACAGAUUAAGCCAGCAGCUGAAACACUUGAUGAGCUUCUGGAAGCUGGCAAAGCAGAAUCCUUUGACUUUGCCUUCAUUGAUGCUGACAAGCUGAACUACGGCGUGUAUUAUGAGAAAUGUCUGCAACUUAUCCGGAAAGGAGGAAUAAUAGCGGUUGACAAUGUACUAUGGGGUGGGUCAGUGCUUAAUCCAGGAAAUGACCCCGACACGCUGAGCAUCGUUAAACUCAAUGAGAAGAUUUACAGGGACAGCAGAGUCAAUAUGAACAUGCUCACCAUUGGCGAUGGAGUCACCUUGGUCUUCAAGCUGUAGUGCAAACUCCAGUGAGCACACAUUCCAACUGCUCACGAUAUUUCUUCAGCAAGUGCAACACCAGAUAAUGAAACAUCUUCCUAUUAUUCACACUACCUAUCUCCUUUCUCUUCUCUUAAUAUUUUCUCACUCUAUGUUUUAAAUUCUGCAGCUUUCCAAAAUGAUAUACCAGUGGCGGCGCUUAUCCCUCCCUCUUUAAGGACCCAAAUCAUGUCUUCUACCACUUGCUUCAUUCAUUCAUUGAAAGGAUCAUUCCCCAGUGAAUGAGACACUGUUGGAAACAAAACACAAGGGGCUGAAUUCUCCAGUCAGCGAGUGGGGACGAGGUCCGCUUGCCGAUGUGUAAAAUGACGCGGGGUGAUGUCGGGCG